CUCUUUCUUUUUUACUGGUCAACCAGCUAAAUAAUAUACCCAGAGACUAUGUCGGGCGUUGAGAACAACCGGGCUUUCGCUCGGCCCCUUCUACCAGAAAUUCUAAGUCGGAUCAUGGAAUUUCUCAGUGAUGAUAGAGCUGCUCUGCGAUCAGCACUCCUGGUGAACAAGCUCUGGGCUGCGGAAGCCAUGACUGUCCUUUGGCAAAAGCCGCCAGUGGAAGCCUUGGCCUCAAGCCCGGAUGACCACCGCCAAUUCUACGCCCGUCAGGUUCGCGAGCUAGAUUUCGGGGGCGACAAGGACGGGAAACACCAUUCAACUUUCCGUAGCCUGGAAUUCCCAAGGCUGAGGCGUAUAACGAUAGACUUUUAUCGACCCGACGAUGGUGAAAAAUUAUGGCUGGAUCAAUACAUACAGCCGAAUCUCGAGGAAUUCAUUUUUUAUGGCGCUGAGCCUGCCGGAGACCUACUUAACUUAUUGGAAACCCGUUGCCCACGUUUGCGGUGUGUUUUGAUUGGUUAUGUAUGGGAGGGGGUAAGCGCUAGCCGCUUGAUUAAGUUCUUUGAUUGUUGCAAGUCUUUGAGAUCGAUAUGCCUUCCAUCCAAUAUGGAAAGGUUCCUCGACGACCAGAUGUUUGCCUACUUCGCCCGUCGUCAUGACCUUGAGGAACUAGAGUUUGGAAAGACCAUCACAUAUGAGAUGGUGGAAAAGGCCCUUGAUGGGAUUCAGAGCCCUUUCAAGUAUAUUCAGCGCCUCACAGUUCCAGCAGAGUCAAAGGCACUUAAGCUAUUAGCUCCAACGAUCAAGUCUGUUACCACCCUAGAACUCAAUGUUGAGGAUAGCCAGUUCAAUCCUUUGCCACUGGUCAGUUCGCUGGUUAACCUUCGUGAGCUUGAGAUUGCACCUCAGUGGGCAAGUUGGUCGGCCACAGACUUUCUUGCACUCAAAGGUUUGAAGAAUUUACGCAGACUGGAAAUCUAUCCGAUCGAGGACGACCUGACGUCCCCCAAUUUGACAGACCCGGAUUUCGUCCAGAUCUUUGCAAAUAUGAGUGAACUUCAGCAAAUAUCUUUCCAAGUCCAGUGCACAUUGUCAACAGCAGCGAUCACUUCGCUAGGACAGCAUUGUCGUCAACUCACAUCCUGCGACCUACUUGGUUCCUAUUACUUAAACAGCUGGUUAAAUAUUGAACGACCGCUCUUUCCACAUUUACGGCAGCUGGAACUCGGUGCCAUAAUUCCCGAAGAGCAAGGACCCCAGCCACCUUCAUCGACUACAAGAGCUCAGAAGCUUGCGCACUUAAUUGUCGAGCAUGCACCAAACUUGGAACAAUUACAACUAUGGGACCGCGAUGAGUUUUCGAAAGAGGUGGUGGCUGCUUUCAAAGCCGAGACUGGCAAUGAAUACAAUCCAUAAUACAUAGAAUACGAGCGACCGACAGAUUUAGACACAUGCGCAUAGCUUCAAAUGGAAUUCUCUACUAGGGAUGCACACGGUAAGACUAAUACUCGAUAGAAUAGAGACACCGGCUAUCUACCACUGGAUACAGCGUAACAUCACAGAAUCCCCUUCUCGCAAACUGCUAGACACCUCCGUUCUGUCCGAUGUCAUGCC